CACAGAGCUCGCUCCGCCAGCAAUCCUGCUAGCUCUCCCGCUCCAGGCCCCGCCGCCCCGACCGUCUGAGCUGAGCCCCAUGGCCCGCGCCGCCACCGCCACCGCCACCGCCACCGCCACCGCCUCCUGCGCUCCCCGGCUCCUCCGGGCUGCGCUGCUGCUCCUGCUCCUGGUCGCCGCCACCCGGCACGCGGCAGGGGCCCCCGUGGUCAGUGAACUGCGCUGCCAGUGCUUGCAGACCGUGCAGGGGAUUCACCAAAAGAACAUCCAGAGCGUGAAGGUGACGCCGGCGGGCUCCCACUGCGCCCAAACCGAAGUCAUAGCCACUCUCAAAAAUGGACAGAAAGCUUGCCUCAACCCCGCAGCCCCCAUGGUUAAGAAAAUGAUCGAUAGGAUGCUAAACAAAGGCAGCACCAACUGACCUUGAGAGAAGAAAGAAGCUCUUUGGUGGCGAUUCCUGAAAAGUGGUCCCUGCCCUUAUUGGCACUGAAAACGAAGAAGAGAACAAUUGUCUUAUGGCAACACUUAGAAAGGGUUUAGUGUGUUUGACUAUUUUGUGUGAGAAUUCUAUUUAUAUAUGUAUGUAUGUAUUUAUUUUUCAAAGCUUGUAUUUUAAUAUUUUAUAUGUUAGUAUUUAAAAAUGAGAAUAUGUUUAAUCAAAUAUAAUCAGUCCUGAUUGCUAUUUAAUUUGAAGAUGAUGGGUUUUAAGUGUCUCAUUAAACUGAUACAUAUCAGGAGAGCACUGAGUGCCAGGCACUGUGAUGGAGGUGGGGGGUGUGGGUUGGGAGAGGGGGCUCCAAGCAAUUAGACAGCAAGAUCACUAUUAGAGUCAGACAAAGUGUGUGCACAUCUUUUUUUGUAUUUGUUUAAAAGCAGGUCAGUUGCUAUUUAUUGAAAUUAUUUCACAUUAUGUGGUCAACAUUUUUAUGUUGAAGCUUCCCUUAGACAUUUUAUGUCUUGCUUGUAGGGCAUAAUGCCUGGUUUGAUAUUCAUUAUGCAAUGUUUCUCUAUCUUGGAACAGAGAAGUUAAAAGUGCUGUUAUAUUUUUACAAGUGACAUGAAAAUAAAAGUUUUGUAAAAAA